AUGGGUAGCCUCCUUUUACUCAGGAAAUUUUCAUCACUCUCCAGCACUGGCAGGCUCGUCAUUACUGCCCUUGGACAUCGAUUGCCAGAGAAAUUUAUUCCUGGAAAUGCGCUUAUUUUUCCACGAGUUUAUAACUAUAAAGCUGCCUCCUUGACAAGAAAAGCAGCGGCGCCGCUACCUUUAUCAACACGGGCUUUUCAUGUGGGCCGGGUUUUGCAGGCCGCAUAUGCCGUUGCAGAUUUAUCUGAUGCUGAAGAUAGUAUGGUAUCCAGCGAGGUAGCUGAUGAUGGCCUCGAAAUCUCCAAGCUUGGAAUUUCGCCGGAUAUCGUAUCGGCCUUGUCCGGGAGGGGUAUCAAUAAACUCUUUCCCAUUCAGGGAGCUGUUUUGGAACCAGCUAUGAAGGGGCGUGACAUGAUAGGUCGAGCAAGAACAGGAACUGGGAAGACAUUAGCAUUUGGCAUUCCAAUCAUGGAUAAGAUUAUUCGAUUCAAUGAGAAGCACGGACGAGGAAGGAAUCCUUUGGCAUUAAUCUUGGCUCCAACUAGAGAACUUGCUCGCCAAGUGGACAAAGAAUUCUGCGAUUCUGCUCCAAAUUUAGACACUCUAUGUGUCUAUGGGGGCAUGCCAAUUUCACGCCAAAUAGAUACCCUUAAACAUGGUGUUGAUGUGAUUGUUGGCACACCUGGACGGGUUAUAGAUUUGAUUAAGAGGGGUUCUUUGAAUUUAACAGAAGUGCAGUUUGUGGUUCUAGAUGAAGCUGAUCAGAUGCUUAACGUAGGAUUUGCGGAUGAUGUUGAGACAAUAUUGGGAUAUAUGAAGCAGAAACAUCAGACCAUGAUGUUUUCAGCUACAAUGCCGAAUUGGAUAAUAAAACUUACACAAAAGUUCUUAAAAAAUCCAGUUACUGUUGACCUUGUGGGAGAUUCUAAUCAGAAAUUAGCUGAAGGCAUUUCCCUGUAUGCAAUUGCAUCAGAAAUGCGCGAGAAACCAGCUAUAAUUGGGACUCUUAUAACUGAGCAUGCAAAAGGAGGUAAAUGUAUUGUUUUCACCCAAACAAAACGUAAUGCUGAUCAAUUGGCAUCUGCCAUGCAAAGAAACUUCUGUUGUGAAGCCUUACAUGGUGAUAUCUCACAAAAUGAAAGGGAAAGAACCCUAUCUGGUUUCCGAGAUGGACGAUUCAAUAUUUUAGUAGCUACAGAUGUUGCUGCCCGUGGCCUUGACGUACCUAAUGUUGAUCUGGUUAUACAUUAUGAGCUUCCGAACUCGUCAGAGAUUUUUGUUCAUCGAUCUGGACGAACAGGUCGUGCUGGGAAAAAAGGUAGCGCCGUUGUUAUUUAUUCGUCAAACCAAUAUAGGGACAUCAAGGCUAUUGAACGUGAAGUUGGUUGCAAAUUUGUUGAGCUCCCAAAGAUUGCUGUUAAAGAUGAAGCUAUGGCCAUGUACAGUGCCAUGAACAGCGGUGGCAGUCGUUUUGGUUCUAGGGGAACCAUGGGAGGUGCUCGGUUUAGGGAUUCUGGCUUUGGCCACUCUGGUGGUUAUGGCAAUUCUGAAGGUGGGCGAUUUGGUGGAUCUGGUUCAGGCGCUAGAUUGGGUGGACAACGUUCACGCAAUUUUGGUGGAUUUGGAAACUUGGGUGGUUCAGAUCGGAGCAAUGGAUUUGGAAACCUUGGCGGUCCAAGUCGCUCAAGUGGUUUUGGGGAUUUUGGAUCAGGUCAUUCCAGUGAAUUUGGUGAUGCAUGUCAUGGACAGAAUACUCGCUCGGGCCGCUUUGUUCGUGACAAUAGUAAUGGUAACUUCUGA